GGCUAUUUCUGCAAUAUUUUUGGUCGAUAGAUUAUUUCUGUAAAUAUUAAAAAAAAAUCUAAAAACGAAAAAAAUCCAAAGGAACAAAGGACCGGGCCCGAUUCGUAUUUCCAUUGUGUACCGGCCUGGCCUUCCUCGGCGGCCUAUAAUAAUAGGACACCACAACUCAUCGGCACUUCUCCACCUGUAUCCAGUUCCAGUUAUUGGCGAUGCUGCCGACCCCCCGCCGCGUCAAGAACAAAGCACCGGCGCCCGUGCAGCUCACGGCCGAGCAUCUCAUCCGUGAGGCCCGCGAACUGCACGGCGAUGGAUCGGUGACCGUCUGCCUGCCGGCGGAGUCCAAGAAGAGGAGGAUCGUCGAUGCCGACGAGCUCGCCGAGCACCGGCUCGAGCGACGCGCACGGUUCGAGGCCAUCGUCCGCCGAGCCGGCAGCGGUCGCGGAGGAUGCGGCGACGCGUCGUCGGAGUGGAUGAGGUACGCGCGGUGGGAGGAGUCCCCCGGCGGCGGCGGCGGCGACCCCGCCCGCGCGCGAUCCGUGUACGAGCGCGCGCUGGCCGGCGGCGCGCCGGCGUACCGCGACCAUGGUGUGUGGAUAAAGUAUGCGCAGUUCGAGGCUCGUGGCGGCCGCGUCGGGCACGCGCGCAACGUACUUGACCGCGCCGUGGCGAUCCUCCCGCGCGCUGACCGCAUCUGGUCGGAGUACCUCCGCAUGGAGGAUCUCCUCGGCGCCACAGACAACGCCCGCGUAGUGUUCGAUAGGUGGACGUCUUGGCGCCCCGGCGCCGAUGCCUGGGCCGCGUACGCCGCGUUCGAGCUCCGCCACGGCGAGCUGGACCGUGCCAGAGCCGUGCACGAGCGGCAUGUUGCUGCUCUCCCGUGCGCCGACGCGUUCAUCCUUUUCGCCGAGUUCGAGACGAAACUGAAGAACCUGGACCGCGCGCCCCGCGUGUACGAGCACGCCGGGAGCCUGCUCGCCGCCGCCGGCGACAACGACGACACCGCCGUGCUGCUCGCCGCGUUCGCCGACUUCGAGGAGCGGUGCGGGGAGCCGGACCGAGCGCGUGCAAUAUACCAGCACGCGCUCCGUGGCGAGCCGCCCGAGCCCCGCGCCGAGGAGCUGCGCGAGAAGCUCCUCUCUCUCGAGAAGCGGUUCGGCGACCGCCAUGGCGUCGAGGACAGCAUCGUCACCAAGCGGAGGUCCCAGUACGAGCGCGCGGUGACCACGAACCCGCUGUGCUACGACGCGUGGUUCGACCUCAUCAGGCUGGAGGAGAGCGCCAACACCGGCGACGCGAACCGGAUCAGGGACCUCUACAGGCGCGCCGUCGCCAACGUUCCACCGGCGGCGGCGGCGGCGGAGAAGCGGCAUUGGCGGCGGUACAUCUACCUCUGGAUCAACUACGCCCUCUUCGAGGAGCUCGACGCGGAGGACGUGGCGCGCGCCCGCGGCGUGUACCGGGAGUGCCUCAGGACGAUCCCACACAAGAAGUUCUCCUUCUCCAAUAUCUGCGUCAUGGCGGCGGAGCUCGAGAUCCGUGACAAGAACCUCGCCGCGGCGCGGCGGCUCCUCGGCAACGCGAUCGGCGUCGCGCCCCGGCCGAAGCUAUCCAGGAGGUACAUCGAGAUCGAGCUCCAGCUCGGCAACGUCGGCCGGUGCCGGAUUCUGUCCCAGAAGUUCAUCGAGCACGCUCCGAGCAGCAGCCACGUAUGGAGAAGCUACGCCGCGUUGGAGAAGAAGCUGGGCGAGACCGACCGCGCCCGAUCCGUAUACGACCUCGCCGUCUCUCAGCCGGCGCUGGACGCCCCGGAGCUAGUGUGGACGGACUACAUCCAGUUCGAGAUCGACGCCGGCGAGCUCGACAGAGCGAGGCAGCUCUACGAGAGGCUUCUCGGCAAAACACAACACCUCAACGUGUGGGUGAGCUACGCCGAGUUCGAGGCCACGGCGUGCUCCGGCGGCGCCGCCAUCGCCGGGAACGCGGCGGAGAAGGCCGAGCGGGUCCGGAGGUGCCGCGCCGUAUGCCGAAGAGCGGACGAACACUUCAGGGGAUGCGCUGAUGAUCCCGCCAUGAAGGAGGCAAGGGCGAUGCUUCUCCAACAAUGGCUGGCGAAGGAGGCCGCGUUCGGCGACCUCGGAGAGGUGGAGCCGGUCGAGAAGAAGACGCCGAGAAGGGUGAAGAGGAAGAGGAGUCUCCUCGCCGACGGCAAUGGCGGAGGAGGAGGAUGCGAGGAGUUCUUCGAUUACAUUUUUGGUGAUGAAGAGGAUGCAACGGCAGCAGCUGGCUUCAAACUGAUGAAAGCUGCUUACGAAUGGAAGAACAGUGGCCAUGUUAUUACUUAUUAGAGUGUAAAUCUUUCUGUUCUAACAACCUUGUUGUAUGUUAUUGCCGUGGAAUUAGUUUGUUAAGCAUAUAGAAAAUUCACUAGAUUUUGACAUAAA